AAAUUUUUAUAAUUGAGAUAAUAGAUCUGUGAGAAAAUGAUUGACAUCAAUUGACGUUCGAUAAUCGUAAGUGAUAAAUAUGAUAAAUAUCUUCAAUUUGGGUAAAAAAGUUUAAUAUUGUUAAAUUAAAAUUAUAACGACACACAAGAUAAUUAUAAGUGACAAUUGAUAUUUUAGUUGAUUGAUGAAUCUAGAAAUAUCACAAGACAAAAUAAAUAUUAAAUAAAACAUUUAUAAAUUAUCUAAUUUCUUAUUCGAUUUAUAUUAAAAUUAGAUACUAAUAUGAAUAUUAAAAGAUAUAAAUAAAUUUUUUUACUAUUAUAUUCUGUAGUCAUCGUUGCCACUUUUCUUGGGUAUGUUAAAUCUGUUUGAAUCGACUUUUCUUACGUCGCAUUAUAAACACAACUUCGGGUGAAUAACUACUUUUUGGUGACGUAAGAAAAUUUAUGUAAAUGUUGAAUUCGUUAAUUAAUGCCACCAUCCAUAACAUGAAUCAAGGAAAUCCUUCAACUCCGUCUAGAAAGAGAUUUUCUAAAAAUUCUUUGAUCCUGUCACAUGAUAGCAAUUGCAAAUUGAAAACAUUGCCUUCUUCAAUAUCAGAUACUUCAACAGAAAAUCCAAAAGAAGAUGUAUCGGAAAAUAGCAAAAUCACGCUUAGCAAAUCUUCUACUCGAAUUAAUAAAACGGUUUCUAAUGCGAAUCUUUCCACGAGAAAAUUAUGGAACAAUGCAUCCAAGACUAGAAAUUCCAUUGCUGUAAAUGACGUAAUCGAAGAAGAAAGUGAGCUUAUUGGCAUAUUGACGAAACAAUUGCAUUUAGCUGAGUCACAAAUGCGAAAAAUGCAAUCAAUUCUGACAAAAGCCGAAGAAAGCUUGCAAACUAAAGAUCAAGAAAUUGGACGCUUAAAGCGGAAGAUUAAAGAUUGGGAAACUAAGUACAAGAAUCAGGAACUAAUACGAAAGGAAGAGCAACGAAGUCGGAUAAAUAAUUCAGAAUACUUUUAUCAACGAUGUUUAACGUUAGAACAUAAGAUUAGCGAGAUGGAGAAGUUUUUGGCUGAUUACGGAUUAAUGUGGGUGGGUGAUUCCAAAAAUGCGAUAAACGUAGAUGGUAGCAAUAAUUAUAUCAACACUUACUACGAGCAAUUAGUAGCAAAUAUCAAUCAAUUAAAUCUGACUGCGGGAAAAGGUGAAGUUCAUAUUCAUCAUAAUGAAAAAGGAGGAGGAGCGACAUUCAAAACUCCUUCCUGUAUGAUACUUAAAUUUUAUAAAAACGGUAUGAGCAUCAAUGAAGGACCAUUACGAUCUUAUAAUAAUCCGACUGUAAUUUCAUUCAUCCGCGAUAUUUUGGAUGGAUAUUUCCCGUCUGAAUUGCAACAAGAAUAUCCCGAUGGAGUGCCCUUUAUGAUAGAAGAUUGUAGAACAGAAUUGCAUGUAGAUGAUUCCGCUAGCUUUCCCGGUCAAGGAUAUCGAUUGGGAAAACAAUCUCCAGUAGAUAACUUGUUAUCUGCGACACGUAAAUCAACUAACGUUCGCCCAAGAUCUCGUGCAAAUCCUUUGUCAAAAGAUAACACUUCUGAAAAUAUUCCGCUUUUAUCACUUUCAAAUCGUUCAUUGUAUCCUAGAACUUCUUUGGAAUCGCCUUCUGAUUUAUUUUCUUUGAGAUCGCAGAUUUUGGCUUCGCAUAAUAAUAUAUGUUCUAGUUCCCAUAUGCAGUCUCAUAUUAAUGCUGAAUUAGUACGAAGUAGUCGACGAGAAAAAAGAGAAUUGGCUACCAAAAAUGUGGAUUAUGAUAUGUCAAUGAGUGAGCGAUCCAAAUUAAAGGAUACCUUAAGAUCUAUAAGUAGCAGCAGAACGAGACACUAUAGCUUUUCCGAUAGACCAUCAUCAAGGCCACAAAUUGUUGAAAAUCGCUUACGAUUACGUUCUAAAUCCGCCAAUUCCGGAGAGCGAUUGGGUGUUACAAUGCAAUCGAUAUUACGAUCAAAAUUAAAUACAGCGGAAAUCAAUAAUAAUAUCGAAGAGCAUAAGAUUGCUAAUGUUCAAUCUGAAUAUUUUGCAAUAAAACAUCCUCGUGGUUCGAGAUCAGCUACUUGUGCAAGAAAGAGUACGCCUCCGUUAUUACGUCAAAUUAAUGAAGCAACUGGAAAAUCUAACGAAUUGCGACUGAAAGUUAGAUCGUUAACCGGUAGUACUAUAUAUUUGGUGCAUGUGUUGACUGAUGAAUCAGUGGCAAAAUUAUAUGAACUACUUGAUAAAGCUAUGCAAACAUUCGGAUCUAAAGAAUAUAAAAUAGUAUUGAGCGGGUAUUCGCCGAAGAGAUUAGAACGUAUAAAUACAUCUUUAAAAGAAAACGGAAUUAACAGAGAUUGCGUUCUCCAUCUCAUAAAUGAUUAAUUAUUUCUCUCAAUUUGUAAAAAUAGACUUCAUUUUUUAAUAUGUUAUAUAAAGACAAAUACGUAAAAACCGUUCAAAUUUAGAAUUUUUUAUACAUAAAUUGCAAAUAAAAUAAACGUUUUUAUAAUUUUUGUUAACAUGUAAAAAAAUUCUCUUUUAUUAAUAAUGGAUUUAUUAUAUAGCACUAUGUGCAUUUAGAUUUAUGCAUAUACGUUGCGUGCAUUGAUAUCAGAAAAUUAUGGAAUUUCCUAUCAUCAUCAUUAUUAACGCAAACCAUGUUGUGAUAGCUUCGGGCUCUAUCAAUCAACGGGAUAGGAUUCGCGUAGAUUUAUCUAUGAGCUUCCGUCGACGGAUCUGUCAGCGGAUGCUUUUCGACUAGAUAUCACGAUGGAAUAGUUAAUAAGAGGUCCUGUUUGUCAAUCGAUACCCAAAUCAGAUGACAUUUCUUUGGAAAAUUUCUAGUAUACUCUGCUCCGUAAAUUUCAUGAGUAUUAAUUAACCGAAGUAAGCUUAACUAUUGAAAAUAAAGGCAUCUAAUCAAUUUCAUCGAGUUGAAUUAUCAUUGUAGAAUCAAAAAUAAUAGAGAAAGCUUGCUCCUGUACGUGUAUUGCUAAAGAGUAGGCUACAAUAAUUUUGUUUUGUUGCUUGCAACGGGCGAUUUGUUAACGAACCAAUUAAACUUAAAAAUAAUAAAAAGAAAGAUAAUUAUAACGAGAGCAAAAAAGGGAAAGGACGACAUUUGCUUUAAAACAUUGAGGCAUUAAUGUUUUAAAGCAGACGUCGUUCUUUUCUUUUUUGCUCUCGAUACAAUUAUCUCCCUUUCUAUUUUUAAGUUUAAUUGGUUUGUUAACAAAUCGCCCAUGCAAGCAACAAAAACAAAAUUAUUACAGCCUAUUCUUAAUGAAUCUCUCCAAUGGUUUUAGUGCCUCGACUUGAAAGGCAAAAAAAAUAAAAAGGAAAAGAAAGGGAAAAGACAAUAAAACAAAAGGAUAGUUUUUGCAUACAACUUCAACAUCCAAAAUGUAAUUUAGACAUCAGAUAUCAAUUAUUUAUUAUAUUAUUUACCUAAAAAUAAAACUUAAAAAGUAAUUAAAUCUGUAUUAGAAGAAUUAGUGUCACAUUUAUAUACUAAACAACUUUUUUCAAAAAAGUAUUUUUAUUUAUUAACUAUAUCUCAUAUGGAAUGCAUUCGUGAAAAAUAUUUCAAGAAGUUAACCAUAAAAUCUUGCAUAUGUAUUAAUGGUUAGCUGCUUUUGAAAGUUAUCAAAGCUUCGCUCUAGGGAUGAUUGCGUUUCAUGUACCUUUCCCUCAUUUUUCUCCAAUGUUGGGGAUUUCAAAUGUCGGGGAAUGACCUGGAUUUUAACAUACUCUCUUUGAAGCGAUCCAGCUAAACGAAUGCAAUUUUCGAUUUAUGUGGCGUAGGCCAGCGUGCUCACUUUGAUGACGAUUUAGUCUUUUUCUAACAAUUUGAUGCUGUUUGAAAUGCAUGCAAUAGAAAUGCAGAAUUAAAGAUACAAUAUUUCUGACGUUUGGUAUUUAUAAUGAUGUUUUCCUCUUUCUAUAUUAUAUUAAUCGCUAUCUUUAAAAACAAUUAUAAAAGUAAUAAUAAUAGAUUAAUAAGGUUUUAUAAAUUAGGAAUAAUUGCAGUAAGAUCAAGUAAUUGUAAUUACAAAUAAUGUUUAUAAAUAAUUAAAAUACCCAUUACACUUAAUAACGAUAAUAAUAGUAAAGUUAAUGAUAAAUAUUAAUAAUACUUACCAAUUUUUUACUUAAUAGAUCUGGUAAUAUUUAAUUAGAUUCUUGGCUAAGAAAUGGAUUCAGCAUUUAUUUUAUAAAAUUGAGGAAAUUGAAACUAAUUGUAAAAUUAAAACAAUUCUUCGUUCAAAAUCAGAAACUUUUAAACAUAAAAUUAUUAAUAUGUAAAUCUUUUUGAGUUAAAUACUAGCGCGUAUUUCUUUUGUCAUUUCAGCUCGAAUUGCAUUUUUAUGUUGGAUAGAUUAAAUCUUUGACUCGAUUAGAGAAUCUGGGAGUUGCGCAGUCGUCCAGUCAUGCAUAUUCCAGCAAUUGCUUUAUCUGCUUUGUUCUACGGAUAUCGGAUUACGAUUGUGGAUUUGCGAUUUGUGUAACAAUUUCCUCGAAAUCCAUUGAAUAUAGUCGCUUUCUGUCCUGCGAGUCGUUGAAAGCCAUUAUGCGCUAUUACAAUAUCUUGUCGGCAGAUUUGGUGAAAAUUGCGAAUAUAUAAUCAGAUUAACGUAAAUUGAACUUUAUAAAUAAAA